GCCGCGAUCACGCCGGAGGAAAGACUUGUGCCGUGAAGAUGUCUUCAACUAGAAGGCAUGAAGCGAAUAAUCAUAACAACAGGUAAAUCUUCCCUCAAGGACAGCAGCAACGAAAGAGGAAAUAAGAAGAAUCAGAAGAAAAGGCAAGAGAGAACAAAAGAUACCCUGUCGCACCUGAGGGCCACGCUGGACAAGUUGGGGUCAGAGGUCAAGGCCGGGUCGCGGCUGCAGGUCAUUGAGGAGACGAUGAGCCUGACCCGAGACCUGGAGGACAAGGCGUCCAUGCUGCUGGCCGGGAUUCGCACGGAGCGCGGGUCGUCCAUCAGCAACGCGUCCCUGUACACCCUGAGUUCCGCGAAGGCCGUGUUCAGCCGCCACCUCUGGGAGGCGCAGAACAAGGCCCGGAGGAAGGGACAGACGGACGAGAACUUGGACGAUCUUUUGGAGAAAAACAUGGAAGACUCCACCAGAAAGUUCUUCUCUGACCUCGUAGCGGAGUCGUCAGCUGAUCCGCCCGCAGGAGACUCUCAGGAGGAGGAAGACUGGCGUCCUGAGAAGGCGCUGCUGGCGUCUCCUUCGCCGUCGACAACGCGAGCUGCAGGCGACGGCGCUGCGCUCGCCACCCCGCGGGCCUCCUGCCGCGCCAGGGAGGGCCUCGUCACGCCGCAGCAGGAGAAUGGGGAAAAACAGCACAUGGUCACGCCGGGAUUUGCUAGGCAUAAGAGACAAAGAUUUUUGUCAACACCUGUAACUACUCCAGUUUCAAUGGAUACUCAGACUCCUAGUGUUUCAUCAGCAGAUGUCAGGAAGCCACGUUCGGUCGUUUGCAAAAAGAGCCUCACUUUUGCAAGCGAUCCAUGGCAGCCUCGCAGAGAUGAAGCCGUUGGCAAAGGUUCUCCUGAGGUGGAUAUUCUGCCUAGUCCAGAUGCGGCAGCUGUCCGUCGCCGCACCCCGAGGCAGCUCUCAAAGACAGCCUCGGCAGACCUUGGGGAUUUGCUGCCACCGACCAAAAGACUCCGACUUGGGCCGGACUUUGACCCCGACAUCAUUCAGGAGCUCCUUCCUCUCCCGACGCACUGCUCGGCCCGACUGUCGAUGACUCCACUGAGUACGCUGAAGAGUUCGUCUGCAUCUCUGGACGAGGCAGCCUCAAUAGAUCGGAGCCAAACGUGUGCUGCGGCCACAGUGAAAGCAGAGAAGUCGCCCAGUAACAAGGCUUCUCCACAGAAUCCAAAGCGUUUCCAAGACAAAGUUGACGGCAAGAUUCUUGCGCCCUCAUCUGACUCGGCAAGUCCUUCCUUGAAGAACAAUGCCAUGGAUUUUCAGGCGAGGAGGAAUAGUCACCAAAUCAGAGAACUAGACGCUAACAAAAGCGUGAAAGGAAGUGAACGCAUCUUGACUCGAGACGCGCAGGGAGUUGGAUCCCAUGACAGCCACAUACGGAUACCAAAGAACGGGACUGAAAGCGUUGAUUCUAAGCAGCAAUACAGUUUCUUGAUCGAUCAACUUGGACCCUUCAGUUGUGUAAGAAAGACUCUCAGCUUUCAAACUUAUAAUGUAAGUGAACCUUCAGGUGGGAGUCCACAUAAUGUAGGAUCAGUUGUCUCUUCCAUUAGUUUCCAAGAUAAAUUGCUCGGCAUGCCAGGUGCUGGUGAAGCCCCGUUGCAGUCCGACAAGAAAGCAAAUCUUUUGUCGUGCCAAUUACUUAUACCAUUCGAUAACAACAGGAAACCUUCGCCAACCAGCCGACGACCAACUACACCCUCCCCAAUGCCAUCAUCAGGGUAUCAGGAUGUCCAAACAGGAACACUGCUCAAUAUUUUAUCACCUGUUGCAAGCACAUCCAAAUCGCAUGCUGUCACGCCAAAAGGGAAACUAAUUCGGCCUUUUCCUCGAGAAUCCAGGUCCCCAAUCUGCCAAGCGAUUACACCGAAAGGAAAACUUGCUGAAGUCUUCUCGCCAGUGCCUAACUCGCCUGGCUUUCCUGGAUAUGUGCCAAAGCAAAAACUGAUGACUCCUGGGCUGCCAGGGCCAUCGGAGUGCCGUGCUCGUACCCCGAAAGGAAUACUGGCUCAGAUUAAGUCUCCUGUGCCUAGUUCAAGCUAUCAGAAUGUCACACCAAAAAGGUUGUCGAUCCCAACUUCGUCUUCUGAAUCGGGAUCUUUAAGAAAUCCACUUGUCCGUGAACCAGAAGAUGAGUCAGUCCAAGAAAUGCCCCCGCUUUGUGGCUCGGAUCACAAAGCUGUCACACCUGAUGCUAAUUUCGUCAUGCUACACAUACAAGCACCGCGGAAGUUGAGCAUUCAGGUGUCCCGAAGACGAACUCCAACGUGCAAGCGCAGUUUGGCCAGGGAGUUUGCCGAAAUGGACACGGGUAAUCCUUUUAUAACUCCUCCGCGAUCCCCUGUGAGGCCAGAGUAUUACCUUCCUGAAAUGGAGAGUGACAGCGAUGAGUGAAUCUCGAAUUCUAAAAGCAGAAUUUUCCUGGCUUCUGAAAUAAGUUGCCAGACAGGAGGUAUUCCUGAAGAAACAUCCAAGAUCGUUUGGUAUGGCUACAAUUGAUACUGUACAACAGAUGCUGUUUAUGCCACACAAAUUUACGCAUUUUGGUAGAGGAGUUUCAUUUUCAUUUAAUUCGUUUAAGUUGUAAUACCUUACGGGUACUGACUUUUUAUUAGCUUCAUUGUUUCUGAUAUUAUAGGUGGGUCCUUGUUUGAAUCGACCAGUCUUCUCAAGCAUAAUUUUUCUUCCUUUGUGUGAAAAUUAUCUAUUUGUUAGAAAGAAAGUUAAACUAUUUAGGUUAGAGAUUUAUUUAUUUUAUCAAUUUAUUAGAACAGGAAAAUAUUUAUAUUGACGAACGCAUUUUAAAAAGGUGCUUGAUUUUAAUAGCUUUCUACCAUGUACUAGGUAGUUAAACAAAGUACAAAAAUAAGGUUAAAACAAACUUAAUAUAUUCUUUGUACUGUAGACAAGUGGACAGGCUCCAGCAAUAUUAUUUACUUGUCACCGGUUCCUCUCUUCAGCGAUUCAUAUUUUCUUGUAAUAAAAGUAUAGAAAGUGAAUGCAUUUCAAAGAAAAAAAGUAAAUUAUUAUUGCUGGCUGAAAGAUUUGACUGUAAAGCAUGGUUUUCAUGUAUUAGGUAUACCCCUCUUUUAGUAAGUAAAAUUCACUUUCUGAAUUAAUGACAAUUAUUUAUUUUGAAAUCGGUAUAAUUAAUAGAAAAUAGGAUUAGUUUUUAAGAAUGACGAUUUGGUUAAUGAAAUUAUAGUUAUCAAAGGACUUGCUAUUCCAAACACCAUUUUUAUCAAUUGUGUUCUGUAGACUUUAUAGCCAUAAAUAUUUAUAUACGAUUUCCUAUUUAGUUAGCAAAAUGAGAUUCUGUAAGGUUCUCAAGUUUUUACAAUUUUGUUUGCUCAGAUCAUGAGCCCAAUGUAACAUGAUAUCAUUCAAUACUUUACAUUUUCAUCUUGACUAUGAGGAAGGUUUAUUAGAUAUUUGUCACCACUAGAGAACUUUUUCUAUAGUGUAAUAGAUAUUAAAGGAAGAACAUUCACUAUUUCUAUUCCCUCUUCUUCAGGCUCUAUGCUCGAUAUUGAGAAAUCUGUUAAUGCUUUAAAAAAAUGAAUCAAGUUUGAACUAAAUUAGGGAAAUGAAAGAGUUCUCAUUUACUGUGUUUAAUGUAUUUUAUACAAUGAGUUACUAUAUACAUCAGCCAUUUUCCAAAACAUUCAUAAAUAGUUGGGAUAAAAAUAAAAGUAAAUUUCAAAUUUUUCCUACCAGUCGGACAUACAUGGAAAAAAACACAGUAUUCCUUACUAAAACCUUCAUGGAUUAUGCUACAGGGUAAGUAGUGAUGGUUUUACCAUACCGUAGCACAUUCCAAUAAAGGGUAACACCACCAAUAGCACAUGGGCCAUGGUGUGACUUUGCCGUGUUAACAUUAUUAUAGAAAUAUACCACUGCCACCAAAGCCUCAGUAACAUUUUGCCAGACAAAUACUGAUAAUUCUUGCUGUGAAAUUCUUAAAAG